ACCGCGUCGCCCCUUGAAGACAUAGUGUUUGCUCGCAUAACACGCAAGAAAAACCAUCGCUCGCCAUGAAGUUCUUCGUUGUUCUGUUUGCCCUCGUGGCGGCCGCUAGUGCUGGAUAUCACGCGGAGCAUAUCCAUGUCGCUGGCAACCCCCCCAUUCCAGCUGUCAAGGCCGCCCCGCUCGCCCUCCACGGUAACGACCACACCACCCGCAUCCACUACUCUGGAGGAAAAGUAGGGCAUCCGCAUUUGGUGGGUGUUGAGGUUUUCAAACCGGCGCCGAAUUACGAGCCCAGCUGGGAAAAUGUGGCCGUCCACGGACACGGCUGGCAUUAGAUUCCCUCACCUGAGCCAGCAGACCCGCUGGUCCGGAGUGGUCCAUGCCGAACGCGUCAUCCUGAGGCUGAUAUGAGGCAGCGAAUCACCACGAUUGGUGUAUCACACAACGUGCGAAGUCUCUGCCAAGAGCUUCCUUCCUUUGACCCUUCGGCAAGGCGUUUCGAUUCUGUGCGAUCGCUCGCCCAGGGUCGUGGAUGUCCGGCUCCGAGGAUCGAGAAUCAUCGAUUCGAGGAUCGAGGAUCACGGAAUACCGUUGCGAAAUUACAAUAUAUUGGCAGAUCUGGAAAAGGACUGCUUCAGGAUAGCCGCCAUGUCUUGGGCCACUCCCAAGGACCGUUCCCAGAAAGACCAGGCAAUCAGACUUGAAAAAAAAGCCACCCUCGUCACUCCCUCAUUUUUCUUUUUCGUUUUACCUUGACGCUACAUAUGACACGCAUCGUACGAACAUCGACGAACAAUCAGAUCCUUUCGUGCUCCCAUUGCUCCAUCUCAUUUCGUCAACAUCGGAAUUCUUCUGUGCGGCAUAUUGAAGAAGAGACCACAACAUCAUAAACGCGGCCUGUCCCCACUAUUCGUCUUCCGGCAGCAACACUUUUAUUUAUUUUAUAAUAAAAGUCGAUUUUUACGUCUUGUGAUAAAA